CCGCAAGCUCGCCCUUAUCAGAGGUGUCUGCUAAGUUGGAGAAGAUCGACUCUAAUGUUUGAGGUUGGACCGGGAGUCUAAAGGUGUUUUGAACGCCCAGCUGUCUAGUUGUGUAGUGCCGAAAUCUCUUUAGAGACUUCCCGCCUCUAUCUAGUAGUACCCUACAUCUGAAGCGCUGGCAAUAUCAGUCCACAAACUGGCACCACCCUGGAACAUUGCAAAAGCAACUCAAGAAUAACAGUUCCAGCCGGAGGCCUGGUGCUUUCUCCUCGCUCCAUCACGGCGUCGGACGGGACUGCACGGUGGCAGCUACCUCCGGGGAACAGACGUGAAACUGAGAUAGAUGCUCCUGGUCGUUGAUAAGAAAACAGCCAGGCGUGAAGGCCAUCAUUAUUAGAAGACAGACAACCUUUGGUGCAGCCCCGCACAGAGAUGGAUGGACAAGAGGGACGGGCAGGAAUGCUGCGUGCGUAAUUUGCAAUAUGUUCUGAUAUUAACGUGGACGCAGCCACACCAACAUCAAGGACAAAUAUAAUCCGGUCAUCAAGGACAUAGCAGGGCGACGCUGAAUACUGAAGAGACAGGCAGGACUGCUUGUCUGACCUAAUACAUUUUGGUGAAACUUUUGACGCCCAAUGAUCAAGCAGAAUAGUAAUUGGAUCAUAUGAGGAUAUAGCACACCAUUAGAUGCCGUGUGGAGGUGGAGAGACACGUGAUGCAUGCCGGGACACCCAAGGUUUAACACAAAACAAACUGACGAUGAUGCACACAAACUGCAACGUAUAACCUUUGUCACAUAAAUGACCUGGAUCUGACCUUGGUGAUCUGACCGCCACCUGCAAAAGUAUAAUACGUGUAAAAUGGUGUCCAAAUUGUCCUUCCAGUCGUACAGCACGGUCCGUGUGGUGUUGUUGGCUGUCUUGUGGAGAUCCGUGGAACUGCUGCCGUGUCCAAAGUCGUGCUCUUGUGGCGGGACCUAUAACAACCCCGACCACACCGUCUCCUGUAACAACAACGGUCUGACGUACAUUCCCGACGGGGUUCCUGUGGGCGCCAACACCCUCAACUUACGGGGGAAUCUCUUAGCCAGACUCCAUCCGGGACCCUUCCGCCGCCUGCACGAUUUGAAGACGUUAGAUCUGAGCGCGAACAAAAUCAACAACAUUGCAGACGAUACGUUCGUAGGACUCCUCAGGCUUGAAACGCUGAAUCUAUCUGUGAAUAUGUUGACUUCUGUGUCAUCCUCACUGUUCACGGGUUUGAGGAAUCUGAGAACUCUUUUGUUGAGUAAAAACCCAAUUGUCUGCAUCGGAAAGGAGGCAUUCUCUCCGAUUCCAUUUCUGAGAUCUCUCGAUUUGGAAAGACUGACGCAUCUCAGAGCGCUCUCGAGGAAAACAUUCGCAGGGUUACACAGACUGAUCAAUCUGAACAUGGUCGGCUCCAACCUCAUGGCUGUGCCUUACAUGCAAUAUCUGUACGGACUGGAGAAGCUGGAUCUUUCUCAAAACAAUUUGACCUUCAUUGCUGCAAGCAGUUUCCAAGGACUUACUCAUCUUAGGAUACUGGUUUUGUCUUCAAAUAGACUAACUCAAAUUGAACAGAAUUCUUUCGACGAUCUUACAGCUUUAUCUGAACUGAAUCUUUCUAAUAACUCGCUGAAGACCCUUCCGUUUGGCUUAUUUUCUGGAAUGACCUCUAUUACUAAGGUCAACCUGAGAGACAACCAAUGGCGUUGCACUUGCGAGAUCACGUGGCUAGCUCGAUGGUCACGUGAGAACAUACGAGAGAAGGAACGAGAUUUGUGCGGGAUGUGUACAUAUCCCUCGUCCUUGCAAAACAGUUUAUUAUGUGAAGCCCCUCUGGACAAACUGAAGUGUCUUCCACCGAAAAUAAUGGAACCAAAAGUCAGUGUGAAUGUGAGCACUGGUCAGACCGCCACCUUGCGGUGCAGGGCCAGUCGUGAGGCGAACGUCGGCUGGAUCACUCCCAACGGCACCAAAGUCAAACGGGGUUCAUUCAGGGUCAGGAUCAAGUUGACACACGACAACACCUUGAACAUUACCAACACGUCCACGGCCGACGCUGGGAUGUACCGUUGCGUGGCCAAAAACCAGGCAGGUAUUACCACACUCGACACCAUACUGAACGUCACGGGAAGUAUCCUCCCCAUCGCUUCUGCCACGGAAAUGCCAGUGGAGGAGGACGCGCUGGACGAUCGCCUUGACCCGAGGAUAUGCACCGUCGAUUCCAGGAUCUUCAACACACAGGACGAAAUGGAUCUCCAGAGCGACCAAAAAUCGAUCCCGCUUCCGGCUCCUACACGGGACAGUGCGGACAACAGAAGGACGGAGCCAACAACGAUAAACAUCAAAAACGCCUCAGUGUCGGGCAGCAGGGGUGGUAGCAUUAUCAACCUUUACAGAAAGUACAUCAUAGCUUCAGUGUCCUCCGUCUUGUCGCUUGGAGUAGUAGUUUUCGUGACGUUCUGUCUGACAAAGAAGUGCUCUAAAUGGAGAAGAAAAAGAAAGAUAGUAAGAGAAAGAUGGGACAGGGCCCGAAAGACGUGCGCCAGGGGACCCACGUGCCUGAAAGGGACUGAAAAAGAAGAACCCAAUGAACUUCCCGACGUGUACUCGGCGUGUAACGGCGGUGGCGUGUUGGCGUUCCCUAUAGAAGAAACUAUCGUCUGACAGAACCCGUCUGUCCUCUCAGAAUAAAUAUACUCUAGCGAUAUGACUGUUGUAGCACGGCUCUGUUAAAGGCUACUACUUACCUCAAAGUUCUCCUAAUUGUGUUAGACCAUGCGUAUAUUCAUCGGCUAGCCGUAUGCAAAGCUCCAUGUAUAAGCAAACCAAUAUAGAACCGUGUUUUUCGUUGUCGUGAUGUGUUAUAAGUCACGUUUUUGACGUCUGAUUUGGAAGCCAGUGACACACUUGAAUUGUGCAGGCGGAUCUGUAUCGGUUGUCACAGCAUACAUCAUAUAAGACUGUGGAAACCUAACCAACUACAUCCGGAGGUAAUAAAAGAAAGGGUUUGCCAAAAGAAAUGCUUUAGCGGAUUCCCAGAAGAUAUUGCUGCAAAGUACGGAUGAUCUGAAACGCUAUGUACACGUACGUGACAGUAUUACGUAAUGCACAGUCUGUGGUCUUGACAA